AAGGACCCUAAGCUCAGCUUCUUCACUGUGAAAUCCUGAUGCUCAUGCUAGGAGUUGUCUCCUGAAUUUAUUUCUUAUUUAAUUUAAAUUUUAAAAAAUAAUGAACUUCGCAGCUCUAGUUAUCACUUUUUUAGCCUGUGCACUCUUCUCAAUGACAGAAGGACUUUUUAUCCAACAGCCCCGAUGUCAGUGUACAAAAACAAUACCAAUGAAAUUCCCUGAUCAUAUAAUUGUGAAGAUGGGGAAAUUUGAACCUGGUCCUCACUGCAAAAAUACAGAAAUAAUUGCUACAGUGAAACUGAUAAAAUUAUUUACUUGGUGCCUAAACCCUAAUGAUGAGCGGGUUCAGGAUGCACUCAAAAGAAGGAACCUGGCAUAAGAGCUUGCUACUGCAAUGAAGAUCCAUGAAGGAAAAAAAAGCAAAAAGUUGUCUCAACCUCUCAGUAUUUCUUCUUAUAUUGGAUAAGUUAUUGAUUAUUCUAAGUGUAUUUUUAUAAAUGGUCUAUGUUUAAUAAAAUCAACAAAUCAAAAAAUCAAAAAAUUUAAAUUUACUAGCAUUUCACUAUUAUUGCUAAUGAAGUGUUUUAAAAAUUUUAUACGGUCUGUUA